UGGCUUGGCAUUUGGCAGGUGGGUUAGUUUUGUACCUAAUUGUCAAAAAGCUUGGUAUUUUCUAUAAUUAUUAGAAAAAUGUUGCAUUUCGCCGCAUAAUAAUUUGUUAUAUUUCAAUGUUUAUUUGUUUUACGAUAAGCCAGUGCAUCAAUUUCCCUUGAAAUGGAGUCUGACUCUGCACUUCACGGUGAUAUUCCCGAUGGCGCGGAAAUGUCCCCUUUGGUUGAAAACCAAGCAGAAACAGUCGGCGAAAUCGGCGAUAACAAUAUAGUACCAGACGAAUCGGAAGGUGUUCAAACUACAGAAGAUGCAGCAACAAAUGGAGGUGCUCCAACUAGUAGCAGUGAUGUUCUUGACCUAGAACCUAUAGCAGAUCUGCCUGAUAAUGAAGAACAGCAAGCUGAUCCAGAUGCAGAAGAGGAAAUGGACAUAGAUGAAACUACUCCAGGUACUGUUGGUGAUGAGUCUGCCUACAUUGGAGAUAACUGCCUCUCAACUCCAGCAGAAACUGAAGAUAACUCUCUGCAAGAGGACAACCAACUGGAGCCUUUACUGAAAGAGCAGGGGUUAGAAGAGGGAGAGGGGAUUGAGGGGACGCAUGAGGAGUCUCCAGACCAGUCUAUAAGCUCUGCCAUGCCCAUUGAAGGAGAUGGUGCACCAUUGAUACAAGACGAAGAGUCAAGCACAAUGGACGAAGACAUGGGCGGAGGUGAAGGUGUGGCUAGCAGUGAUGAUGUCAACGACAUCAGCAGUGCAGCACAAGAAGUCCUUAGUACAGGCAUCAGUUCCAGUACUACAGAAAUAAGUGCAGACAUAUCCAGUAGUGGACAAAGCGAAGCGGCGCUUAUCUCGUCCACAGCAAACGGCCCAGCAGUGUUGCACUCCUUCUCCGUACUGCCGCAAGUGCAACCGACAAAUGAGUGUUUGUUCAGGUUCAAUGACGCAGAUACUUCUGAGAUGGAAGGUGCAGCAGACACGAUGCCUUCUGUGAGCGAGUCGAUGCCUCUGCUCACUAUGACUGCUAAUGGGUCUGCAUUGCUUUCACCCAAUUUGCUUCAAGGCAUAUUCCAAAGCGAGGAGGGCGGGGCGGCAAGCGUGUCGUCCUCGGGCGCAGAAGGCGCGGGCGGGGAGGCGGGCGCGGGGGAGGGCGACGGCGCGGUGAGCAGCUCGGGCCCCGCCGCCGCCGGCUCCAACGGUGCGCCGUCCAUACCGCCCACAGACGCAGCGCACGCGCUCGCCACGCUGGCCAGCGCCGCGCUGCACCACCAACACGAGCAGGCGGAACCUGAGGAUCCAAAGCCUCAAAACGAUGAAGAUGCAUGGUAUACUGUGGGCUUUGUAAAAGGAACUACAUUUACGGUACACAAUUACAUAUCAGACCCAAAUGUGGAUUUGUCGAACCUGUCACUGGACAAUUUACAAGACUUAGCAAAUUUACCCACCUCACCACUGGAACACGGCACGGCGUACAAAUUCAGGAUUGCAGCCAUUAACUCGUGCGGUCGAGGAGAAUUUAGUGAGGAAUCAGCGUUCAAGACGUGCCUGCCCGGCUUCCCCGGUGCACCGUCCGCUAUCAAGAUCAGCAAGUCUGUGGAGGGCGCGCACCUCUCGUGGGAGCCUCCGCAGGUGGCCGCCGAGGGCAUCUUCGAGUACUCCGUGUACCUCGCCGUGCGCUCCAACACACAACCCAAGGAGGCGUCCAAGUCGCAGCUGGCGUUCGUGCGCGUGUACUGCGGCAAGGCCAACACGUGCGUGGUGCCGCAGGCGUCGCUGAGCGCGGCGCACGUGGACUCGUCCACCAAGCCCGCCAUCAUCUUCCGCAUCGCCGCGCGCAACGACAAGGGCUACGGGCCCGCCACGCAAGUCAGGUGGCUGCAAGAUAUAAAAUCAACCGGAGUGAAAAGGGCAGGCGAGGGGCGGUUGCCGGGCGCGUCACCUUCAAAACAGCCGAAGCAAUUAUUGCACUGAAUGUUAGUUAAGAGAAUAUACUAAUUCUAAUAGUUUACUUGCAGUACAUUGAUGUAUGAAAAUGUUCAAAUACACUGAGCCUUAGUGUGUUUCCAAGUUAACAAGUAUCCAACACCUAUGCUGAUAUAGAUCUUUUAUUUUCGAAAAAAUGUGUAUUGACAUACAGGCGCGUUUGUGUGUGAAACUAAAGAGGCGACAACAAAGAAACAUGUUUAUAAUUUGGCAUUUGUCUAUGAGUGGUUACUCUAAAUAUAGGCCUUAUUAGGAGGCUCAAUAUCACUGAACAGGGGGUGGAGUGAGUUAUGCUUUGGUUUUUCUAAAGAAAUUAGGAGAUCCGUAGAACUAAAGUCACUGACAUAACUCAACAAGUCGAAGCUAAAAUGGCAAUUGGCAGGCCACAUAAUAUAAAGAUACUAUAGAUGUUGGGGUCAUAAGGUGCUGGAAUGGCGACCCCGCACCGGAAAGCGCAUUGUUGGUCGACCCCCCACUAGGUAGACCGAGGACAUUAAGUAGGUUGCAGGGAGCAACUGGAUGCUGGCAGCUCGAGACUGUUGUGUUUGGAAGUCCAUGCAAGAGGCCUAUGUCCAGCUGUGGACGUCCAUUGGCUGUUAAUGAUGAUUAUGUAGUUGCUAAGCAAUGGUUUGUUGGUAAACAGGUUUCGAUGUAUCAGUCUAAUAUAGUUUAAGAAUGUGUUUCUGUUGUGCUGACUUAGUUAGCUUCUUAAGUUUACAUACACAAAUGCUUGUGUGUUCUCAUCUUAUAGCUAUAUCUAAAGGUAGCAUUCGAUUCUUAGCGACCGCGCCCGGGUCGUACGACCCACUGCUUAGUAUGAAUUUAUAUGAAGCAGUAAACAAUGGCGGUCUCGGGAUUUGUUUAGUGCUCCAUAUAAAUUCAUACUAAGCAGUGGGUCGUACGACCCGGUCGCGGUCGCCAAGAACCGAAUGUUACCUUAAAGCCAAAAUUUAAAUACGAGUAUAGUAACUAUAACUUGGAAACAUAAUAUGUAUUAUGUAAAGAGCUUCACAUGUUGGUGCCAAAAAAAGGACAAAUUAAGUGUUUUUCAAAUACCGAGUUUGGAAGUUGGGCGGUGUUAGUUUUAUCCAAGAAAAUAAGUUGACUGUGAACCUGCAAUAGUUGCGUGCCUUAGCGAAAUUUACCAAAAAGUUGGUAUAUAAAUAAUUAGGUAUUUUUAAUAUAUUUUUGUAAAAUUUUGUGUGUAAAGCCAGUCAGUUCCACCCGUGCAAUUCUUUAUAUUCACUUUGAAACUGCGAAUGAAUUUAAAGAAUCAAUGCUUAACUCAAAUCUAAUAAGGAAACAAAACUUAAAUGUUAGUUCUCAGGAUCAAUUUCUACCUGCUGCUUAGAAAAAGGAAGGAAAGGAAUUUUAAUACUUUAUUAAAGAACAUAAAUAAUAUUCUAAAAUUUAGUAAUAAGUCUAAAUCAGAACAUUCUGUUUGGGAUGGCUUAUAAAGGCUACAUUGUGUAUGCUAUCCUGAGCCGCCUGCAUCCAGCAAAUCCCUGCGACUCGCUUGAUGUCGUCAGUCCACCUGGUGAGGGGUCGUCCAACUUCGCUUUCUAGUGCGGGGUCGCCAUUCCAGCACCUUGGGAUCUCAACGUCCAUCGGUUCUUCGAACUAUGUGCCCCGCCCAUUGCCAUUUCAGCUUCGCGACUCGUUGAGCCAUAUCGGUGACUUUAUGUCGCUACAGUAUUAUACGAUCAACCAACCUUGGCACCAACCAUGUUGAGCAUUGUAGGACCACUGUUACAGCUUUGUGUUACUUUUUUUUGUAGCACAUUUUGAUCAUAGUACACAUCACCAGGGGCGUAGCGUGGAAUAAACUAGACGUGGAUGAAGUUGUAUCAGAGAGGCCCAAUUUAUAGUUUGUAAUUUUUUUUAGUAAUUGGUAAAUAGUUCUUAAAGCGCCUCUAAAUUACUGAAGGUCUGCGGUUAGCUUUCAGCUUUGUAAAUUUCUCAAGAAGAAGGGGACAUUGGCAAUAGUUACAGAAAAGAGAUUUUAGUAACCGUUUCCAAAAAUUUACAUCCCAUAUACACUACUCGUGAAGUUGAUCGUAGUUAAUCAAAUAUGAUAGUGUUGACACGAACUUCGCUUCGCUACGUUCAACUUCGCUUCGUCUCUAUCAGCUUCCGAUCGUUGUCAAAGGACUGGAAGCGAUCCGAGGUUCGAAUAAGAAGCGCCUUGUUACAUUACUCGGCUCAGUCCAGGACUUCAUCGAAGCGUCGAAGCGAGUAGUGUAUUUGAGGCUUUAAACUUUUACGACUGAUACUAUCAAUAUGACGAUAGCGGUCUUUAAAGAUAAUUUUAAGCGACAAACUCACAAGGUUUCAUGAGGCCCUUUUUAAAGCUUGGCAAGUUGUUGAUGACACUCCCAUGAUAUGCGGGCGACAUGGAGAGAAGGACUGCGCGGGUGUGAAAUCGUGCGCACUGGGCAGUGGCUGGAAGUGGGGUGCAUCUGUUGUGGGUUUAUCUGUCAUCGCUACCCGCCUCCAUCGGACAUUCGGGAGUGUUACGAACGAAUUUGCCAAGCUAUAGCGUAUGGAUGUGGGCAGAUGUCCGCUUCACUAACGUCUAGUUACGCUACUGCUUUUUGCUACUUGUAUUUUCUGAUAUAAUAAUACAAAUAGAAUUAUGAUUGGUAUCCGUGUCUACUGUCUACGUUCGCUUGUCGACGAAUGAAAUGUUUUGACAAACAGAUUUAUUUUUAAUAUAUGUAAUAAGUGACUGAUAAAAUGACGUUGUGUAAGUAUCGUAAAAUAUAGAAUAAGUGCAGAAUUAUAACUGUUAUAUAAAAUACGCAUUCAAAGAAUAAAUACAUCAUUUUUAAAUAAAUA